UGUUCUCAGUGAACGCUUUAUUAGAGGAGAGACUUUAAAUGAGAACAUGAACAAUCAAAUGUUUUUGAUGAAAUAUCACAAAUUUAAGCAGAUUUUUCUGACAGAAGCUUUUGAGACACAAGAUGUGUUCAAGGCCCAUCGGAGAGAUGAGCUAUUCCAGCUUGUGGGUGAUAAACGGUGUAGUGUUGGGGUUCAGAGGGUUAACGCACUAAUAAAGAGUUAUUGAUGUCACAAAGGAAUCAGACUGCGGUUCUUACUCAUAACUGCUCUCUCAUUGACAGACAAGAAGACACUCGGAGGUCCAGGUGAGUGGACUUAGUUUCUGUCUGGGUUCGGGUCUCUUUCUCUCUGCUAGGUUCUGUCCUCUGCUGGUUUCUGCCGUGCAUGUUGGAGCUGCGUAACAUGAUCUGUUGUCUACCUUUCUGUUAGAUCCCAUGAAUGCCCUGACUAACCUGACAGGGGUCGGAGGGGGCCCCGGCGUCAUUGGCAUGGGGCCCCGGCCCACCGGUGCUCCAGUGGGUGGCAUGGGGGCCAUGGGGCAGAUGCAGAUAGGCCAGCAUGCCAUGGCAGGGGUGGCUGGAAACCCACAAGCCAUUGGGGGUCCGGGACAGAUGCCGAUGCAGCAGCUGGUGCAGGCGCAGCAACAGCAGCAGCAGCAGCAGCAGUCCAUCCAGUUCCAGCAGUUCCAGCAGGCCCAGCAGAUGCACCAGACCAGGAUUCAGCAGCAGCAGCAGCAGAUGGUGCAGCUGCAACUCCAGCAGCAGCACGCCCAGGCUCAAGCCCAGGCUCAAGCCCAGGCUCAAGCCCAGGCUCAAGCACAGGCUCAAGCCCAGGCUCAAGCCCAGGCUCAAGCCCAGGCUCAAGCCCAGGCUCAGGCCCAAGCUCAGGCCCAAGCUCAAGCCCAAGCCCAAGCCCAAGCCCAAGCCCAGGCCCAGGCCCAAGCCCAAGCCCAGGCCCAGGCCCAAUCCAUCCAGCACAUGGUUCAGCAGCAGCAGCAGCAGGUCCAGGCCCAGGCUCAGCCUCAGCCGGGUCAGAUGCCUCCACACCCUCAGCAGCAGCAGCCUGGCAUGGUGCCUCCGUCUCUUGCCGGACAGAUGACGUCCGCUCAGCACGUCCCCAUCAACUCGCUCAGUCAGCAGCAGCACCAGCUCAAGAUCCAGGCCUUCCAGGCCCGUGCAGCCUUGCAGCAGCAGCAGCAGGCCCAGCAAGCCGCAGCUCAGGCGCAGCACAAUGCAGCUGCUGCAGCCGCCGCUGCCGCAGCCGGACCUGGACAGGUGAGACUGCAGCCAGGUGCUUUAUGUGUUAUAAGGACCCACUGAGGGGUUUAAAACUCAACGAGAUCCUAAAGUUCUAGAGCUUAGACAUCCCUCCCUGUUUUCCCUCAUUUGUAUCACCACAUGGACCAUGUUUAAAGCCUCCUCUGUGAAAGCGACUGCUAGGAGCUGCGGUGAGAAGGUCUUCGGUGCCCGUCUAAGGCAACUUAUGAACCUGCUGAUGGACACCAGUGGUGAAGGAGGUCGUCAAGCUGAAGAAGGAGGCCUUUCGGGCUUGGCUGGCUCAGGGGUCUUUAGAAAAUGCAGACGGGUACCAACCAGUUGUCCACAAGGGCUGCAGCUGUCGGGGUUGCCAAAGCAAAAACCUAGGUGUGGGAGGAGUUUGGGGAGAGUGUGGAGAAGGACUUUCCGUUCACCUCAAGGAAGUUCUGACGAACCGUUGGAGAACCCAGAAAGGGAAAGCAGGACUGGGCUCAGGCUGUUGUGAUCAGCAGGGAACGGCAAACAUUACAUUACAGUCAUUUAGCAGACGCUUUUAUCCAACGAG